CCCGAAAGGUGCGCCCCAAGCCGCGGGAGCAGAAGCCGAGCACGCCCCCAAUGCCGGACCGCCGCGCGCCUCCGCCCCCGGACGACCGCGCCACGGUGGGGGAGAUCACGGCGGGCGAGCUGCGGAAGGCGUCGUCCGGCGCCAGCCUGGCGGGUGACGAGACCCCGCAGGCGGCGGCGGCGGCGGGCGGAACCGAGCCCAAGGGCGAGGACCUGGCUGGGCUGUGCCGCAAGUCGUACGGCGGCGUCCUCGUCAACGGCAGGUUCUCGAAGCGCCACGUUGCCGGCGUAUCGCAGCUGAAGGAGCGGGAGAAGGAGGCCAUUCUGGAGGACAUCCGCUUGGAUAGGGAGGCUCGCCUGCGCAAGAUAGAGGAGAGGGCCAAGGAAAGGCCCAAGCAGACUGGCACAAGCAGGGAGGAGAAGCUGAAGCAGUUCCGCGCCGAGGCGGAGGCGAUGGAGGAGGAGCGGAAGUCAAAGAAAGCGGAGGCCUUGAAAGAGUGGCUGAAGAAGAAAGAGGAUCAGGCGCGCGAGAAGAAGGCCCGCGAGAAGGAGAUGCUCGACAUGCUGAUUGAAAGAGAGCGGGACAAAGAGCAGAUGAUAUUGCAGGCCGAGCAGGAACAGCGGAAGAUACGCGACAGCCGGCUCAAGUGGGCCGAAAGCCGCAAGGAGAAGCUGAAGGCUGGCCUGCUCGCCCCGAAGGAGGCGGCCGCGCCCGUGCUUGCUGAGCCGUCGGCCUGCUCCCUCGAUAUCAAGAAGUCCUCCAGCCUGCCGCAGCUGAAGCCGCAGGCGCCUGCACCGAAGAAGCCGCAGUUGUCUCUGGCGCAGUCGCAGAAGGUCAUCCACCGUCAUAUCCACCACCACGUGCACUACCACGAGGAGAGGGCCAGAGCGACGGCGCCGACGGCGACCCCACGGUCGACGCCUACCCCAGCGAGGAGGAGCGGCGGCAGAUCGAGAUGGCCUCGGAGGCGCGCGUGAAGGCGC